AUGGUGUACAAUGUCCAUUGUCUGCUGCAUUUACCGGAUGACGUCUCGUCUCACGGGCCUCUGGACAAUUUUUCAGCAUUCCCUUAUGGGUCUUACAUGUUCACACUUAAGCGCCUUGUACAAAGUCUCACGUAUCCUGUUAGGCAGAUUUAUAAACGCCUGCAGGAGUCAGCAUCGUAUCUCACAAACACCCCAGAUUACCAUGCCGAUUGCGAUGCGGGCUUACCUUUGAAACAAGCAUCACUGAACAAAAAGCGUUUCUUUAAUCUCGGUAAAGCUUACAGUCUUGUGAAGUUCCAUGAACAAGGCCUAUGGCAGUGUGCAGUCCUCAGUUCUACAUGGAUUGAGGGUAACUGUGCUACAUGGCCAAAAAUUCACUCGAAGGACUUUUAUAAGGCUGUUCGCCUUCAUAUACAGCCACCAGCUGGAUCAUUGAAGCUGAAUUGCGAAGUCAUUCGGACUUACGGUAGGUGUCAUGUAGACCGCAUUAACUUUUCAGACGAUUUCAAAAAGGCCCGUGAACAUGAGAGGAAGUUCCAGUACACGUCGGACCUGGAGACUUCGGAUGUAACCAUUGAGAUGGGUCGUAACCAUCCUCGUCGAAAGAAUACCAGAGAACGAAGCCCCUCCCUCUCCAUCAGUCCAUCACCGAAAAAACCAAAGUUGAUGGUGCCACAAUCCCCGCCUUACUCCAGCUUCUCGCAGGCGACACCCCGUGCCUUGUUCCACUCAACUCCAGAGCCCAUACCCCAGCAUCCCGCACCCGUCCCGUCCACAUCCAACCAGCCUGUAUAUACGAUGCCGCAGACGGUGCACCAUCUGCCACAGUACGUUUUAAACACCGCGCCGGAGAUCCCUAUGUUUCCAGUUUUAUCCCCACCAUCUGCCCCUUUAUUCCAAACCCCAGGAAUCGCAGCACUGCUUCAGCAGAACGAACAGCUGCAUCGGAAAAUGGACGCAAUGGCGGAAGAUCUUCGAUACCCGGAGAUCCGCAUUGACAACUCUUUGUUACAAGUCCAUAGUUCUUCUGGAACUACCGGCUUUACUUUUCCCCUCCGGAGCAAACGUUCGUGGGACCAACUGGAAAGUGAGCUGGCAGAGGGACCACGCCAGAUUGAACUGAUGAAAUACUUCCGAUCUUUUAGUGCAGCCACCAUGGCGGACCUAGUGCGCCUGUGUCUCCGACAGGCGUUGGCUGACGAAUUCGCCGUCAGUAUCGCCUACGCCGGGUCUGUUGACAAACUUCCCUUCCGCCACACAAGACUCUGCACCCUAAUCGAAGAAACAGUUCUCGGUAACCCAGUUUCCAAAGACUGUUGCCGACAGGAUUUGGAUAAAGAAAUCCAAAAGUGGUUCGGUAACGCACGUCACCGACUGGCCCAGAGAACGCGCAUGGAUCAGUUGGCAAUCCCGUUACUAGGUUUAUUUUCUGCAAUGGAUACGACGAUAUGCACGCGUGUGGUUACCAGUGUAGUUUGUACUGGAGGCUUUUUAAUCAAAGACCACUGUCUUACCAUUACGCAGACAGUAUGCCAAAGUUUUCCCCCACAUCGCUCUUGCGUGACAAACAUGCUCGUGUUUAUGGACAGCUUAUUUCAAGCCAGGGACGAAGGACUCAUAUCGGAUGCCAUAUUUUUCGAAUUCUCAAAAGCAUUUGAUAGGGUCCCACACGUCCCACUGCUCCACAAACUCGAGUCUUCCGGGAUUCAAAAAAAUCCUUCGCUGGAUCAAAGCUUUCCUAUCAGAUCAUCCGAAAAAGGCUCGACGUACUUUUCCGUAGCGCCGGUCUCCAUUGGAGUUCCUCAAGGCUCCGUCUUGGGACCACUCCUGUUUCUGAUCUACGUCAACGACCUUCCAGAUGUUCUUGCGAGUUCAUGUCUACUUUUCGCGGGCGACUUGAAAUCCUGUAGUUCCAAUGCUGGUGCCCUCCAAAUGGAUGUAGACGCUGCCAAGCAGUGGUCGUUGGACUGGCACCUUCCUCUGAAUGAUGAA